UGUGUGUUGUUCUCUGUGAGGGAGCUGAUCACUCAGUGUGCCAGUCUACUGUGCUGAUAACCUGCCUGCUGCAUCAUGAGGGCAGCAUCAGACAUGCACAGCAAGGACUGUGUCAAAGUGGCCGUCAGAGUCCGACCGUUCAACAAGAGAGAAAGGGAUGCAGGCAGCCGCUGUAUUGUCUCCAUGGUAUCAAGCUCCAUCACCAUCCAGGACCCCCGUGACUCCCAGAGCCGCCGGUCAUUCUGCUUUGACUAUGCUUACUGGUCUCACAGCGGCUUCACACGAGACCGCAGUGGACUGUAUCUGCCUGAAGAGCCUGGAGGACGAUACGCUGACCAGGACAGUGUGUUCCAGGACCUGGGAGUAGGUAUCCUGGAGAAUGCACUGCAGGGUUACAAUGCAACACUGUUGGCCUACGGACAGACGGGGUCUGGGAAGAGUUACUCAAUGGUGGGAUACGGGCCCAACAAAGGCCUGGUUCCUAAACUCUGCGACCAACUGUUUCAGGCCAUUAGAGAAAACCAGGAUACCAGACAAUGCCAGGUCUUUUUCAGUAUGCUGGAGAUCUAUAAUGAGCAGGUUGUUGACCUGCUGUCUCGGGCUUCACGAACUCCAGGGGGUCUCAGAGUCAGAGAGGAGCAGCAAAGAGGCUUCUAUGUGGAGGGUCUCCGUACAGUCCCCUGUGACAGCGCACCACAGGUGGAGCAGUUGAUGGAACAGGGGACCAGGACCAGAACCACCGCUGCCACUCACAUGAACGCCAACAGCAGCCGCUCACACAUGCUCAUCAUCCUCCAGCUCAAACAGAUCUUUUCUAAAGAGAGCAUCACAAAACAGUCCAACAUUAACCUGGUGGACCUGGCUGGCAGCGAACGCCAGAGGUCAUCAGGGUCAGAGGCUGACAGACUCAAAGAGGGCGCGGCCAUCAACCUGAGCCUCACCACGCUGGGAAACGUCAUCAGCACCCUCGCUGAUGUGGCGGUGGGGAAGAAAGUCGUCCAUAUUCCUUACAGAGACUCAGUUCUCACUAAGUUGCUGCAGUCUGCCCUGGGAGGCAACAGUCGCACUGUUAUGGUUGCCACGCUGAGCCCUGCUGAUAUCUGCUAUGAGGAGUCUCUGUCCACCCUACGCUAUGCUGAGAGGGCAAAGCGCAUCCAGAACCGGGCUGUGGUGAACGAGAGCCCCACUGAGCGUCUGGUUAAAGAGCUAAAGGCUGAAAAUGCCAGACUGCUGCAACGACUGAGCCGGCUGGGCCAGGAGGGACGCAGAGCUAAUGAAGAAACCAAGGAGCUUCGUCAGCUGUUGACCCACAACGAGCUUCAGAUCAGAGCCAUUCAGACUCUGUGGGAACAACACCUGCAGGAGGCGCUGAAGGACUGGGAGCAACAGUAUGCUAACAUCACACAGGAGAGGAGAAUGAUGCAGAUGCAUCCUUACAUCCUGAACAUCAAUGAAGACGCUCAGCUGUCAGGGGUGGUCAAGCUUUUCAUCCAGGAGGAUGAAUGGGACAUCGGCCUCAGUGACUCCUCCCCAAGAUCCAUCUCUAUCAAGGGUUUAGGGAUCCAGGAGCGUCAUGCUGUGUUCAGGAACGAACAGCGCCGGGUAACACUGACCCCGUUUGCAGGGUCAAAGAUCAUUGUUAAUGGCAAUUCCGUCUCUCAGACAACUGAGCUGCAGCACCUGGAUCGGCUCAUUCUCGGUUCCAACUGCACCUACCUUUUCAUAGGUUUUCCGUCUGAGAGGGGCGGGGAUGACUGGAGCCGCUACGACUACGACUACUUCCAGUCUGAACUGGCUGCUGCCGAGGGCAUCCACCUGGGCGAGUCCAGUGCUGGGUCUAGUCAGACAGACCCCAGUCUGCUGGCUGUCUUCUAUGACUACAUCAAACUGAUGCCCAUGGUGGCUGAGGCCAACCAGAUGAGCCAGGAGCUGAAGAAGGGGGUGGAGUUCAAGCUGGAGAUCAAGAAUCUGGCGCUGUCAGAUUCAAAAGGCCACGAUCUGGAGAAAGAGAUUGUUAUCAGAGUCACCUCUAUGGAAAGCAAACAGGUCUGGAUGUGGUCCAAGGCCAAGUUUGUGAACCGUAAAUUCCUGAUGGAAGAUGUCUACCAGCAGCAUCAAGCUGAGCAGAGCAGAGAAAAUAGAGUAGAGGGGCUGUCUACAGCUGCGUUACCCAGAGAUAAAGACCCUUUCUGGGAUCCGAUGGAGCCUCUGCUCCUGGGUACUGCUCACCUCUGGCUCCAGUCUUUGGCCUUCCGCAUCCCUCUGGAGGAGCAACUGGAGGUGCUGGGGUCAGAGGGCACAGAGGAGGCCAUUCUACAAGCACAGCUGGUACCCUGCACCUCCACCGGACUCCCUCUGGGUGAAGAUGACAUCCUGAUUGACCCAUCUGAGUUACUGGGUCGACGACUGGACUUCCAGCUGGUCCUGGAACAGUGUUGUGGCCUCCGCUGGAUCAGAGAGGCUCACAAUAGAGGGGUCCAAAUUGGUUUCAGGUUAUUUGACUGUAGUCAGCCUCUCUACACUCCAGCUGUGUGGCACAACGUCAAUCCUCUGUUGGACCACAGAGUUCACUUUGCCUCCCUCCACACCUCCCAACAUCUGCUAGACUACCUGCAGAGCAGCGCUGUAGUUCUGGAGCUCUGGGGCCUCCAAGAGGGCUGUACUGACUUGGUAUCAUGUCUGGAGGGAGUGAGGAUGACCACAGAAGGCAUCUUCAUCAUCGAUGAGGCAGGCCCAACAGACACUGUCCCUGUAGACUCUGCAGAGCUCAGCUGUUCAUUGAGAGCUCUUCAGCAGGACUUGGAGGAACUGAAAAGCAUGAACGCUUCACUGAAGAAGGAGAAUCAGAGUCUGAGGGAACAACUCAACACAGCCAGGAACGGUAACCAACACACACAUCAAGGUGGGGACAGUAUGCGUGGUCGGUCGGUUCGUCCCAGCUGUGAUGCAGAGUUUGCUCGUGCUCUCAAGGUUUUCUACCACAGCAUGACCUCAGUUAGGGGUCAGCUGCAGCGCCUGCGCAGACACAGACCCAGUGAGGAGUCUGACCUGCUGGGGCUCAGAUUGUUUGUGGAUGAGCAGAGCCGUCUGCUGAGAGACUUCUCAGAGCAGCUGGAACAGAGCGUCUCUACACUCAAACAAGACGUAGCCGCCAUUGUCCGCCGGAAACGAGAACGAUCAGGAAUCUGGUCAUAACUGAGUAACUGUGACUGUACCAGUGUUGUCAAAAACAGAUGAUGUUGAUUUUGAUAUUGGACCUUGUGCAAUGUUUAGACACUAUCAUCUAUAUGUAGGUGGUCUCAUAGUUUUAAUUACUGUUGUUUAAGAGCUAUAAUGCCUUUGUUCUGAAAACACAACAUCCUGCCAUUUUGGGAACCUGCAUAAGAAAUGUGGUCUCUAACCAAACUUUUGCAUGUUAAAGCCAAAGGGAUGCAUAAAAAUAUUAGAUUAAAAAAGUUUAGAGAUUAAGAUCAUUUACUACUAAAGAAAACUGCCUUAACAGUGAACAACAGCAACAAAAAAUCCUUUAAGUGUUUGUUUUAAAUGCGUACAGAUGUCAUAAACUAGAGCUUGUCAAAUAUAAAGAUAUGAACAUCUAGAGCCACAACUGGAACUGGUUAUAUGCAAUGGAAAAUCUUAUUGAGUUACUAAGAAUGUUUUAUUCUGCCUAAUGUACAAGAUAACAAGGUAACAUUUGUCAUUCAGCAUGAUUGUUUUUUGGGGGAAAAAGAAGGAAGGAUGAUCAGAUGUUUUAACCACUACACCAUUACCAGGUGUCAGAGUAAGAUUACUAUUAACAGAAAACCACAUUUGGAACAAAACCACUUUAGUCCAUAAAAAAAGUUUAUUAGACGGCAUGUAAAAGUAGUCAUCACAGUUCCAAACUGCAAAUAAAUUAAAAUGCAAAUACAACUCAG